AUGGCCCCGGUCGAUACUAAGGCUCUCAAAGACGAAGCCCUGGACUCGCUUUUGGCCACUCUUGAUGCUAUUCGUGGCAGAAAAUGUCUUGUCAUUGACCGCUCUCUUGCAUCUACUCUUUCGCUCAUCGCGUCCUAUGGAACCCUUCAGGAACACGGUGUCGAGAAGAUGUUUUGGCUAGACUCACCAUCUCUAGUCCAACUUAUCUCUGCAGCAGUCACCUCUUCCACCUCAGGUCCUAAAUAUAUCACAUUUCUUGUCCCUUCUGUAGCUUCACCACACUCUGCAGCUCUUGUUGCUUCUACAGCUCAACAGCUUCUUAAUCAAUCAAACAGCACUGACGGCUCAUCGACUUCUCCAUACUACGACAUCUCAGUCAUCCAAACCCCAGACCGCGCCCCAGAUCUCGUCGCCGUGCUUGAAAAUGCGGGUGUUCUUGGUGACAUUUCUCUUCACAUAUGGCCCAUUUACUUUGUCCCACUAGCUCCAGACCUGCUUUCUCUUAACAUGCCUGGCGGAGGUGGAUUUCGCGACGCGUGUCUUGCAAACGUACCUUCCACUGUCCACCAUGCAGCAGCAGCCAUUCAGGAUAUCCAACAGCGCUACGGCCUUGUCGGAAGAAUCACUGGCAAGGGCCGUGGAGCCCAGGAGCUCGUCGACAUCUUGCUGCGCAAGCGCGAGGAGCACCAAACAAAUCUUAGCGAGGCUGUGUCACGGCAAACAGGGCCACCACCAUCCGUCAAUGACAUUUUUGACCAUCAGUACACUAACAUCUUUUCCGGCAAAAAUAUUGAACAGCUUGUUGUUAUUGAUCGUCAGAUCGACCCUCUCACUCCAUUACUUACCCAGCUCACAUACCAGGGUCUCAUUGAAGAGUUUUACGGUGUCACAGAGUCAGGCCAAGUCGAGUUACCAAUUCACAUUGUUACCCCUCCCCAAAAUAAAGACUCCCCACAAGCUCACCAAAAUUCGUCUCCGCUCGUGCUCACGUCUGAUUCUGCAGAACAACAUCCGGACCUGGUCCAGAACCUCACAGUUGACAGCAAAAAAGUUACUCUGGGCAGUGAUAAUGACCAGCUCUUUGCUACCAUUAAAGACACAAACUUUUCAACCGUCGGCCAUACUCUUAACAAGGUUGCUCGCCAGCUACAGUCGGACUAUGAGUUGCGCCACGAAGCAAAAACUGUCAACCAAAUCAAAGCAUUUGUCGGUAAGCUAGGCGGACUUCAGUCAUUGCACCAAGUUCUUCGUUUUCACACAGCACUUGCUGAAGAACUCAUGACUACACUCCGCGAGGAAGAGUUCAACAAGUGGCUUGAAAUUCAACAGAACCUGGUCGCUGAUACACUUGAUUUAACACAGAUCCAUACCAUGAUUGAAGAUCUCAUUGACCGUGCAUCCAACCCAGCAAUGGUUCUGAGACUUCUUUGUAUUGACUCUGUUUGCAACGGUGGUAUCAAGGAAAAAGAACUACUUCAUUUUAAGCGUGAAUUUCUCCAAACCUAUGGCUACCAACACCUUACCACUUUUGAGAACCUUGAAACUUUGGGCCUGCUAUUCCCUCGCCACCCAAGCAAACCAAACUGGUUCCCAUCGGCAAGAAAACAAUUGGCGUUGAUUUCUGAGCAACAAGAUGAUAUGGAUCCUAGCGAUAUUGCCUUUACAUACUCAGGUUACUCUCCACUAAGUGUAAGAAUUGUUCAAGCAGCAAUUGACAAAGACGCGUUAUUUUUUGGUACAAAGGCAAAAAGAGGGGCACCAACGGCAGCAGCUCCAUGGAAGGCUGUUGGCUGGAAAGGUGCCGAGGCCAUUCUUAAAAACAUUCCCGGUCCGCGUGUUGACGAGGUCCAGCACGACGAGCUAUUUUUGCGUGAAGGCAAGUUGCGCAAAAUUCUAACACGCAACAGCCCGACCCCCCCAGGAAGUGGGCCUCACAAGGCAAACAUCAUUGUUUUUUAUAUUGGUGGAAUUACUUACGCCGAAAUUGCAGCCUUGCGCUUCAUUUCCGAGCGAUCAGAUGUUUUCAACAUUUUAAUAGCCACAACAGGUCUUAUUUCAGGCGACAAAAUCAUUGACGCCGCAUCACCAUAG